UUUACAAACCGAUUUCAACUUCCAACGUGUUUCAACGUGCCGCGCUCGUCGCUCGUCGUUUUAACGUGUUUGCAAGCGUUGCGUUCGUUCGUCUUUCGAUUUUCGUAUCGCGGCGGUUGGAAGCUACUUACUACAAGAAGAAAGCUCGAAUCGCGUCGGCAAAAUCUCGCAGCUUGAAACCCAGUGUGAUUGAAACCCCAACUACCAUAAUUAAAAAAAAACCACAAACAAAAAAGUGUGACUAAUAAGUGUGCUACAAGAAAAAAGAAAUAGGGAAAGAUAAAGAGAGAAAGAAAGCCAGUUGUUUUGUGGCUAAAAUGCGUUGCCACUAAAAAGCGCACGCCACUGGAAAGAGAACCCCCCUUAGCGAAGAGAGAGAUACAGAUUGAUUGAUUCCCUCGCCCCCCCGGUAGCACAGAAAAGCAUUCAAAAUUAUACUCGAAAUGGAUAUGACCUCAACCGCGGAGGCUGCCGCUCGCAGCUGGUAUGACAGUCCGCGUCUCGGAGGCGGCGGCGGCGGUGGUGCCACCUCCGGCGGCAAUGGGGGUGGCGUCUCACCGAUCGGCCAGUCCAACGGCCUCGGCUCGGCCGGCAGUAGCCUGGCCCACAGCCAUCACAGCCUCUCCAGCGGCGCCAGUUCGGCGGGCAGCAGUGUGGGGGCGGCCCUCGGAGGCGGAGGCGGCGGCUCCGGCCUGGACACCAGCGACAUGAGCGCCUUCUACGCCCUCGAGAGCAACGGACACCACCGGCGUUACUAUCCCAGCUAUCAUCAGCACACAUCCCGCAUGCCCUCCACCCAUGCCACGCCCCAGGUAUGCCGGCCGCACUUCCACACCCCGCUGAGUCCCUGGCUGACCAGCGAGCACAAGUCCUUCCCGCCCGCCAGCGCCUGGAGCAUGGGCCAGUUCGCCUGCCCCCAGGAGCCCCAGGUGGAGCACAAGCUGGGCCAGAUGGGCCAGGGCCACCAGACGACGGCGGCCGGCCAGCACUCGUUCCCCUUCCCGCCGACGCCGCCCAAGGACUCCACGCCGGAUUCCGUACAAACCGGUCCAUCCGAAUAUCAGGCCGUGAUGAACGCCUUCAUGCACCAACAGGCCACGGGAUCUACCUCACUGACGGACGCCAGUUGUGCGCUGGACAUCAAGCCCUCGAUCCAGAACGGCAGUGCCAGCGGCUCCUCCGGCAGCGGGCCCACCCAGUCCUCGGCGCCGAAACAACGCGAAGGUACUAGCUCUAAUCCCAGCUCCAGCUCCAACUCCACCAGCAGCCAACAGCAACAGCAGCAGCAGCAACAGCAGCAGCAACAGAGUAGCGGGAGCAGCAGCAACAGCAACACCACCAGCAGCAACAACUCCGCCUCCUCCGCCGCAGCAGCCGUUGCCGCCGCGUCCGCGAAUACGCCCUCCAACGGACUGUUCGAUGGGACGGCGCAGGCCCACUAUGCCUCCAACAACGGCAGCGGGGCGAGUGGCGGGGGCGGUGGCUCCGGCGGCUAUGACAGCUCCAGCUAUGCCUCGUACCACCAUGCGGCGGCGCACCACCAGGCGGCGGCAGUGGCGGCGGCCAACAUGUUCCAAAGCUCGGUGCGCCACAGCAUGGCGGCCGCCCAGGCGCACCACCACCAUCACCACCAUAGCGGCUCGUCCUCGGCCUCGAUGCACGGCCUGGGCGGUUCGGUGGGCGGUGGCUCCGGCAUGGGCGGCAUGAGCGGCGGCAGCGGGGGUGUGGGCGGUGGUGCCUCCUCGCUGGGCGGCCACAGUGGUGCGAGCAGCAACAACACCAGCGGUAGCGGCUUGGACGUCAAGCCCGUGAGGACGAAACCAAGGACGAGUGCUGAAGGACGCGAGUGCGUAAACUGUGGCGCCACCUCGACGCCCCUGUGGCGACGCGACGGAACGGGACACUAUCUAUGCAACGCCUGUGGCCUGUACUACAAAAUGAAUGGCCAAAACCGACCCCUGAUCAAGCCAAAGCGAAGACUGACCCUGCAAUCGCUCCAGAGUGCGGCCAAGAGGGCGGGCACUUCCUGCGCCAACUGCAAGACCACAACCACAACCCUUUGGCGACGCAAUGCCAGCGGUGAGCCAGUCUGCAAUGCCUGCGGAUUAUACUACAAGCUGCACAAUGUCAAUCGUCCUUUAACGAUGAAAAAGGAGGGCAUCCAGACCCGCAAUCGCAAGCUGAGCUCCAAGUCCAAGAAGAAGAAGGGCCUGGGCGGCGGCUGUCUGCCAAUUGGAGGACAUCUCGGCAUGGGCGACUUCAAGCCGCUGGAUCCCUCGAAAGGCUUUGGCGGCGGCUUUUCGGCCUCCAUGGCCCAACAUGGACACCUCUCGAGUGGACUGCAUCCGGCACAUGCGCACAUGCACAGCAGCUGGUAUACCGGCGGCAUGGGCGCCCUGGGCGCCUCCAGUGGCCUGCAGGGCGGCUUCUCCACCGCCGGCUCUCUCGGCGGAGCGGUGGUUCCCCACUCGCAGCCCUACCACUUGGGACUCAGCUCGAUGGGCACCUGGCGCACUGACUACACGUGAUGGAGCGGGAACAACUUGAACAACAAUCUGUUCAGUUAGAGCCGAUUUCCGAGUGGAGUGAUCCGCCAAUAAAUCGAAAACCCAACAAAACAAAACACAAUGCCAAACUGAGGACUCCUUGGCCAGCAAUUGACAGUGGCCCUAAGCCCUUGACAUCCACAUGCCAAAAGCGAUACAUUUGAGACCCCCAAAAGGGGGGGCGAGUGUGCGUCGUAUGGUGUUUGGAAUGGGAUGUGGGGGUGUGCUGUACAGGCGCUGGUUAUUGCUAAUUGUAAACAUUGCGUGCAAUUUUUAAUUAUUUAAGCUUUGUCGCUGUAGCUGAUGUUGUUGCUGCUGCUAUGGCUGUAUGAACCGCGAGCCAAGAGCCGAGAGCCGGCAGCAAUAACAAAAGCCCCAUUAAAAUUAAUUAAAGGGCUGCACAUUAUUUUUAUUUUAUUUUUCCUUUAUGGCUUUUCUGUGAGUGUUUGUAUAGUUUUUUCUUAUGUUUCAUAUUUCGCUUAAUUAAUUUAAUUUCUCCCCGCAAAUUCAACGUAUUUAAUUGUGCUUUAUGAACUGCCAUAAAAACAGAACCCGCAAAAAGGAGCAAAAUUUCAUAAAUAUUUAUUGUGUAUAUAUAAAAACAAAACUGAAUCAAGCACACAGAGAACUACAAAUAUUAAUAUACAAGUAAAUUAAAAAAAAAAAAAACAGUUACAAUGCACGUCCAAAAGUAAAAAAAAAAAAAAGAUUUUUGUAAAAAUAAAUAAUUAAUAAAGUAAUUGCUUGAAAUGUUUGUCCUAAUUCGCAGAAAGCAAUUGAAAAUUGCAAAAUUUAUUUAGAGCGUACGCCUACUGUAAACUAGUUAAAUUCUUAGACUCUAAACAAAACAGACGUGAUAAACAAAAA